AUGUCCAAAGGCUGCCUGCUGUGGGUUGGCUCCAUUAACUGCAUGUAAUUGAAAACAGGAGUAUUUUGACUAGACAGUGUUGGACAUAGUGUUCCCCAGACAAAGCACUUCUACCAAAUACACAUGCUAUCAGUUGGUCAAAGAAAGGAUGUUUUAUUUCAGAACAUAACUGCAGCAUUUUUCAACUAUGAUGAUGAUGUUGAUAACGAUUAUGAUGAUGGCGACAAUGAAGACUAUGAUAAUAAUAAUAAUGAUGAAGAUGAUAAUGAUGAUGACGACAACAACAACAACAACUGACCUCCUACUUCUCUUGCUCUAACCUCAGCCUGCUCUAACCUUUGCCCCCUGUGUUACUCUAGGUGUGGUGUCAGCUAUGCCCGGGCCCAUGCCAGUGCCCCAGCCCCGUGCCCCUGUGCCCAGCUGGAGUCCCUCUGGUCCUGGAUGGCUGCCAGUGCUGCCAGGUGUGUGCCCGGCAGCAGGGGGAGGCCUGCAGUGAUCUGUACGUGUGUGAUAGCCAGCGAGGACUGCAGUGUGACUACAGCGCCAGCUUCCCCAGCGACCCUGGAGAGUGUUCCAGUGAGUGCCAAUUGUUUAUUGACUUUCAGUCAUAAGCAAACACAACAGUGCCACCCUUCCUAACAGUAAACCAGCAGACUCUGCCCAAGCCAAACCCAGGCCUGAAAGAUUCAGAGUCAGAUAAACAGUAUAGACCAGGUGUGGUUUGGCUUUGCAGUCUGUGUCUGUGUGGGUGGGACAAACAGACAACUAUUUUCUAACACUAAACAACCAACCUCUGCCCAUGACAAUAAGCAUAUAAAGGGAGGGGGUUUGAAGCUGCACUCUAUCUGAAUGUCUGUAUGUAUGAGAGGGCCAAACAGACACUCUGUUUAGGGCCUAUACUCAGCCAGCCAGCCAGCCGCAGAGCGGAGGGGCUUUAGUUUGACUGUAUUCCAAAACAUCUCAACCUCUAUUUUCAGUGGUGGUGUUGACACACUUCCCCUGAUGACUGCCCACUGAGAAUGAUAGAUUGCAGAGACAACACACAUGGAUUGCAAAACAGACUCCUCAGUCUCCCCAGGCCUGGACUGUGUCCCAAAUGGCACCCUAUUCCCUACAUAGUGUACUACUUUUGACCAGAGCAGUGCACUUAAUAGGGAGUAGGGUGCCAUUUGGGACACAGCCUGGUUUCCCAUAACAUCACAUAACAACCCACAGGCUUGGCAGUAGACAUGAGCCUCUUGUGUUCUUACCUCGCUCUCACACAAGCUCUGUAACUCUGUCUCUCUCUCUCCUUCUCUCUGUCUCUCUCUCUCUCUCCCUUUCUCUCUCUCUCUCUCUGUCUCUCUCUCUCUCUCUCUCUCUCUCUCUCUCUCUCUCUCUCUCUCUCUCUCGGUUUGAGGUUUUCCUUUCCUAAUUGUAUUUCCUCCAGACCAGAGCAGGGGCCAUGUUCCAGGGUAUGGGUUAGGGUUAGGGUGGGGCUGCCAGUCCAGGGUAAGGAGCCUAAGAGGAUCUCUCUGUCCUGUUCCCACAUCAUACUGGGGUUCAAAUACUAUUUGAAAUCAUUUCAAAUACUUUAUAUGUGCUUGAUUGAGCUUGCCUGGCUUGAUGGAGCAAUAGAAUAGUCCCAAAAAUGCAAACCCAGCCCAUCUGGACUCCAGGCAGGUUAGAGCAAACGCUCAAAGUAUUUGAUAGAUUUCAAAUAGUAUUUGAACACAGGUCUGUUCUGUUCAUACCCAUCCAGGUCAGGAGUUGGGCUGUGAGCUGAAUGGGGUUUCCUACCUGGAUGGCCAGGUGUUCCAGCCCUCCUGUGCCACCCAGUGCCGCUGCCUGGGGGGAGGGGUGACCUGCGUGCCCCUGUGCCCUGAGGACGUCCGUCUGCCCAGCCCAGACUGCCCACACCCCCAGCGGGUACAGCUGCCUGGGAAGUGCUGCAAGGAGUGGGUGUGUGAGAACAUGGACAAUACCAUAAUUCAGGAUGCCAUCACAGGUAACAUCAGGCUUGGAUAACAGUCAUACACUUGCCUGGUCCCAGAUCUGUUUGUGCUGUAUAGCCCACUACUAUGGUGGUUGUCAUUGGCUAUACAGUACAAACAGAUCUGGGACCAGGCUAGUCAUCCUCUGUUCUGACGCAGGUUUCUGCUACAUCUUUAAACUGGACCAUCUUUAAAGGACACUGUGGAUUCCAAACGUUAUUUUCUGGUUUUAGACAAGCAACUUCACAUAUAUAAGGAAUUGUUCACACACAAUUGGAUACCACAAUGACAAAUGUUAUUUUGUUGAUCAAGCUGUAGGACAAUAUUUAGCAUCCCACAUUUAUUUGAGCUCUGUCACUGACACUCACAGUCUGACGUCUUUUAUUGACGGAUCUUUAGCAUUUUAUUGGGGUGAGUCUGGCCAAAUGAAAAGACACAAUGUCCAAAUAUAACCGCAGCAUUUCAUUGGAAAAGUCUGGCCAGAUGAAGAUGCACAUUAUUGUUAAAAUAAUAAGCCCUCUUCCAGUGGACCAUGUUUCCUAUGUGUGCGUCCCAAAUGGCACCCUAUUCGCUAUAUAGUUCACUACUUUUGAUCAAAACCGAUAGUGCUCUAUAUAGGGAAUAGGGUGCCAUUUGGGACAAAUCCCUAGUUUCAUAACAAGACGCAUGGCUAGGCUACACAACAAUGAAACAUAAGAAGCCCAAGGAGUCUGAAAUAGUAGGUUAGGAAAAUAAAACCACUAAGAAAAUAAAACAUCUAUAAUUUCUGACGCUGUCACCUAAUCAAGCUAUAUCAAUAGCUAUGGAACAUUUUGUUCUGAGUGUUCUAGAAUUUCAAAGCCUUGACCUUUUUCCGUACUGUGUUAGAGAAACACAGCUGAUCAAAAAAAACAGCUGAUUAUUAUGACUCACAGAUCCGACCGGAGAUACUAUCUCCAUUGAUAACACUGCUUUUCUGUGAUAUAAAAAUACAAAAAGUUCCUGUCCAAUUUGAGGCCAUUUGAGUCAAUAAGAGACAUUAUGACAUCUGAAACACGCUGAUAAAAAAAAUAUAUAUUAACAGGGAAUUCAUGUCAGAUUACAUUUUACAUUACAUUUUCGUCAUUUAGCAGACGCUCUUAUCCAGAGCGACUUACAAAUUGGUGCAUUCACCUUAUGAUAGCCAGUGGGACAACCACUUUACAAUUGUAAUUAUUUUAUUUUAUUUAUUUUUUGGGGGGUGGGGUAAGGGGGGGUAGAAGGAUUACUUUAUCCUAUCCCAGGUAUUCCUUAAAGAGGUGGGGUUUCAAGUGUCUCCGGAAGGUGGCGAGUGACUCCGCUGUCCUGGCGUCGUGAGGGACCUUGUUCCACCAUUGGGGUGCCAGAGCAGCGAACAGUUUUGACUGGGCUGAGCGGGAACUGUGCUUCCACAGAGGUAGGGGAGCCAGUAGGCCAGAAGUGGAUGAAUGCAAUGCCCUCGUUUGGGUGUAGGGACUGAUCAGAGCCUGAAGGUACGGAGGUGCCGUUCCCCUUGCAGCUCCGUAGGCAAGCACCAUGGUCUUGUAGCAGAUGCGAGCUUCAACUGGAAGCCAGUGGAGUGUGCGGAGGAGCGGGGUGACGUGAGAGAACUUGGGAAGGUCGAACACCACACGGGCUGCGGCGUUCUGGAUGAGUUGUAGGGGUUUAAUGGCACAGGCAGGGAGCCCAGCCAACAGCGAGUUGCAGUAAUCCAGACGGGAGAUGACAAGUGCCUGGAUUAGGACCUGUGCCGCUUCCUAUGUAAGGCAUGGUCGUACUCUGCAAAUGUUGUAGCAUGAACCUACAGGAUCGGGUCACCGCCUUGAUGUUUUUUUUUUUUUUUUUUUGGGAUGGAUCAGCUUAAUAUUGCAGAUAGAUUGUAUCUUCUAUCAAUGUAAUUGUCUGCAUCACUUCCAAUCCCCCAUGUUUUUUAUAUAUACUCCCCUUUAUUACUUUUCAACCCCGCCAUCCUUUCCCUACUUGGAGUAAAUUAGUGAACAACAAUGCCCAGGCCUCUACUUCCGGUCUAUACUUACUAUCUACACCUUAUGGACAGAGUUAAUUUUACAAUAAUUCUAUUAUAUAUAUAUAUAUAUAUAUAUUUAUUUUUUUGGCUCCUGCACCGCCUUGAUGUUAGCGGAGAACGACAGGGUGUUGUCCAGGGUCACGCCAAGGCUCUUUGCACUCUGGGAGGAGGACACAACGGAGUUGUCAACCAUGAUGUCGAGAUGAGUUUGUUUGGCUCUGAUUGAAUUGUUAACAGCUGGAUGUCGUGACAAGUCAGUAAUUCCUCAUUGUCCUGUUAGUGUGCCUUCUCGAAGCGCACUGCUGUUAUUCCCCAUAUUUCUUCUUAUUUUUUUUUAGACAGCAAUCAAGUAUUCUUCAGGAAAUUCACCAUUCAGUCUCAUUCUCUUCUGGCCUCCUCUCUCCAGCCUCCAGAUCAGACAGGUUGUGGCCAGACCUGUCUGGUCCUCAGCAGAACCCAACCUUCAACUGUAUAGACCAGAGUACAGAGUGGAGUGUCUGCUCCCGGACUUGUGGCGUUGGGGUCUCCACGCGGGUCUCCAACAAGAACCCAGCCUGCCGGCUCGAGAUGCAGAGCCGUCUUUGUAAGGUCCGGCCCUGUCAGGCACUCCAGCCACGCAGAAGCCCCAUGGUGAGCCCAUACCUGCCUAUAUAACCUCUUGUAACCCACUCCCCAACUGGCUUUGGCUAUGUCAACAGGGAUAUUAGGUUAUGUCACCAGGGAUAUUAGGUUAUGUCAACAGGGAUAUUAGGUUAUGUCACCAGGGAUAUUAGGUUAUGUCAACAGGGACAUUAGGUUAUGUCACCAGGGAUAUUAGGUUAUGUCAACAGGGACAUUAAGUUAUGUCACCAGGGAUAUUAGGUUAUGUCAACAGGGAUAUUAAAUUAUGUCAACAGGGAUUUUAGGUUAUGUCAACAGGGAUAUUAGGCUAUGUCAACAGGGAUAUUAGGUUAUGGCAACAGGGAUGUUAGGUUAUGUCAACAGGGACAUUAGGUUAUAUCAACAGGGAUAUUAGGUUAUGUCAACCGGGAUAUUAAGUUAUGUCAACAGGGAUAUUAAGUUAUGUCAACAGGGAUAUUAGAUUAUUUCAACAGGGAAAUUAGGUUAUGUCACCAUGGAUGUUAGGUUAUGUCAACAGGGAUAUUAGGUUAUGUCAACAGGGAUAUUAGAUUAUGGCAACAGGGAUAUUAGGUUAUGUCAAAAGGGAUUUUCGGUUAUAUCAACAGGGAUAUUAGGUUAUGUCAACCGGGAUAUUAAGUUAUGUCAAUAGGGAUAUUAGGUUAUGUCAACAGGGAUAUUAGGUUAUGUCAACAGGGAUAUUAGGUUAUGUCAAAAGGGAUAUUAGGUUACGUCACAGGGAUAUUAGAUAUGUCAACAGGGAUAUUAAGUUAUGUCAACAGGGAUAUUAGAUUAUUUCAACUGGGAAAUUAGGUUAUGUCAACAUGGAUAUUAGGUUAUGUCAACAAGGAUAUUAGGUUAUGUCAACAGGGAUAUUAGAUUAUGGCAACAGGGAUAUUAGGUUAUGUCAAAAGGGAUUUGCGGUUAUAUCAACAGGGAUAUUAGGUUAUGUCAACGGGGAUAGUAUGUUAUGUCACAGGGAUAUUAGGUUAUGUCAACAGGGAUAUUAGGUUAUGUCAACAGGGAUAUUAGGUUAUGUCAACCGGGAUAUUAAGUUAUAUCAACAGGGACAUUAGGUUAUGUCAACAGGGAUAUUAGAUUAUGUGAACAGGGAUAUUAGAUUAUGUCAACAGGGAUAGUAGGUUAUGUCAUCAGGGACAAUUGUCAUGACUUCCGCCGAGGCUGCCUCCCCUCCUUGUUCGGGCAGGUUUCGGCGUUCGUCGUCACCAGCUUACUAGCUGCUGCCGAUCCAUUUAUCAUCACUCCACUUAAUCAAACACACCUGGUCCUUAUCCCCAAUUAGUCAUUGUAUUAGUGUUCCCUCUGCUUCCUUGUCUGUGUGGGUGAUUGUUUGUUGUGAGCUGUGUGUAGCUCAGUUGAGCUACCCUUACCUUGUUUGUUUGCCAGGGUAGAUAUUUCCCCUGUGCCUGAGUUUUGUUGUCGCAUGCUUGCGCAACUGUUUAUUGACGGAAUAAACUUUUUGGAUGCGUUUUACUCUCCUGCGCCUGACUCCUUCUAUCACACGCAUCACAGAACCACCCACCUUGCUAUGGAGUCAGCAGGAGAAGAGCGCAUGCCUGGAGUCAUGGCACAGGUCCAGGAGCACUCCACGAUGCUGGCCAGCUUGGGGGAAGCGAUGGAUCAGGUUCUUCAGGUCGUCCAAUGCCUGGAGAGGAACAGACCCGAUCUGUCGAGACCAGCUGGCCAACCGGAUCCAGCCACCUACACCCUAGCACCAGGAGUGAUCCAGAUAUCCCGACCAUGGGCGUUUGAGGGGACAGCGGCGCUGUGCCAGGGAUUCCUCCUCCAAUUGGAGCUUUACUUCGCCAGCAUCAGGCCGGAAUCAUCUGAGCGGGAGAAGGUGUCCGUCCUCGUUUCCUACCUCUGUGGGAAAGCCCUGGAGUGGGCCAACGCGGUGUGGAACGAAGGAGGCGCUGCGUUGGAGGACUACAGGGAGUUCGCUCGCCUCUUUCGGGCGGUAUUCGACCACCUGCCCGAGGGUCGAGAGGCGGGUGAGCGACUGGUCCACCUGAGGCAGGGGACGAGGACCGCGCAGGACUUCGCGUUGGAGUUCCGGAAGCUGGCAGCGGGAUCCGGGUGGAACGAGUGGGCCCUAAUCGACCAUUUCUGGUGCCAUCUGCGGGAGGACGUCCGACGGGAGCUAGCCUGCCGGGACACCAUGUUGUCCUUCGAUAAACUGGUGGACAUGGCCAUUCGGUUGGACAACCUGCUGGCAGCCAGAGGACGUCCUGGUAGGGGUCUGCCCGUUUUCACCCCGGAAGACUUGGACCUCCAGCCGAUGGAGCUGGGUGGAGCCGCCAGCCGAGAGAGCGGAGGAGGACAGCGACAGUGCCACUCUGGUGGCACGAAGGGACAAUCCACCACACGCCGUAGUCAACGUUAUUUUGGUCCUGGAGGCGGCAGGCACGGCACUCACGCAUCACCCCAGGUAUCGAACACCCACACUCGUUCAGAGCCCUCUGCUGCGCACUGUAAAAUACUAAUCUCCUUUCCUGAGCACAUGGAUGUUCCCCAGUGUAAGGCGCUAGUCGAUUCAGGCGCAGCUGGGAACUUUAUGGACAGGGCAUUCGCACACCGUAUAGGCAUUCCAUUGAUUCCCCUAUCCAUUCCACGCCCCAUCAGAGCACUUGAUAGUUGACCAUUAGGGUCCGAGUUGGUUAAGGAAGUUACUGCACCAGUCACCAUGAUUACCCAGGAGAAUCAUUGUGAGCAGGUGACGUUUUCCAUUAUUGAGUCUCCUGCUUUGCCUGUGGUAUUAGGUAUCCCUUGGCUAGCACUCCACAACCCCACCUUUUCAUGGCCGCAGAGGGUUCUCACGGGGUGGUCGCGAGAGUGUCAGGGUAGGUGUCUAGGUGUUUCCGUUGGUGCAACCACGGUGGAAAGUCCAGACAGUACCUCCACUGUGCACAUUCCCCCUGAAUACCUAGAUCUGGCGCAAGCGUUCUCUAAAACGCAGGCUACUAAAUUACCACCUCAUCGGGCGGGGGAUUGCGCGAUAAACCUCCGGGUAGACGCUGUACCUCCCAGGAGUCAUAUAUACCCCCUGUCACAGGCUGAAACGGUGGCUAUGGAAACAUAUGUCACCUUGUCCCUGCGCCAGGGGUAUAUAUGUCCCUCCACUUCACCCGCCUCCUUGAGAUUCUUCUUUGAGAAGAAGAAGGAUGGAGGUCUGCGCCCGUGCAUUGAUUAUCGACCACUGAACAGGGAGACAAUAAGAUGUAGUUAUCCUCUCCCCCUCAUUCCUUCAGUGAUUGAAUCAAUGCAUGGGGCACGCUUCUUCACCAAAUUAGAUCUCAGGAGUGCGUUCAACCUGGUGUGUAUCCGAGAGGGAGAUGAGUGGAAGACAGCAUUCAGCACAACCACGGGGCAUUAUGAAUACCUGGUGAUGCCCUAUGGUUUGAUGAAUGCUCCCUCAGUUUUCCAGUCCUUUGUGAACGAGGUGUUUCGGGACAUGCUUGGUCGCGGUGUAGUGGUCUACAUCGAUGACAUCCUGGUGUAUUCUGCUACGCGAGCCGAGCAUGUGUCCCUGGUUCGCAAGGUGCUGGCCCGACUGUUGGAAAAUAACCUUUAUGCUAAAGCAGAGAAGUGUAUGUUUUUCCAGCAGUCCUUCUCUUUCCUUGGAUAUCGCAUUUCCACCUCAGGUGUGGAGAUGGAGGGAGAUCACAUUUCAGCCGUGCGUAAUUGGCCGACUCCAACCACAGUUAAGGAGGUGCAGCGCUUCCUUGGCUUUGCCAACUAUUAUCUGAGGUUUAUCAAGGGCUUUGGCAAGGUCGCAGCUCCCAUUACCUCCCUGUUGAAGGGUGGGCCGUCCCGGCUCCGCUGGUCUGCUGAGGCUGACCUGGCCUUUAGCAAACUGCAGGGUCUGUUCACCUCAGCCCCAGUACUGGCCCACCCCGAUUCAUCACUACCGUUCGUAGUGGAGGUGGAUGCGUCCGAGGUUGGGAUAGGAGCUGAACUGUCUCAACGCUCGGGUACGCCACCCGAGCAGAACUACGGCGUUGGUGAUCGGGAGCUGUUGGCUGUUGUUCGAGCCUUGACCGUGUGGAGGCAUUGGCUCGAGGGGGGAAAACACCCUUUCCUCGUCUGGAUGGACCACCGUAACCUGGAGUACAUCCGGCCAGCGAGGAGGCUGAAUCCUCGCCAGGCCAGGUGGGCCCUAUUUGAGUUUACACUGUCAUAUAUUCCGGGUACGAAGAACGUGAAGGUAGACGCGCUGUCCUGGCUGUAUGACACAGAGGAGAGGCCCAGAGACAACACUCCCAUACUGCCUGCCUCCUGCAUUGUAGCGCCGGUAGUAUGGGCGAUGGACGCGGAUAUAGAGCAGGCAUUACGCAUGGAUCCCUCUCCACCUCAGUGUCCAGAUGGGCUGCAGUACGUGCAUGCUCUUAUCCGUGAUCGUCUGAUCUACUGAGCACACACGUCACUCUCCUCUGGUCACCCAGGUAUCAGCCGUACAGUGCACUGCCUGAGCGGAAAUACUGGUGGCCUACCUUGGCUAAGGACGUGAGGGUGUACGUCUCCUCCUGCUUGGUGUGCGCCCAGAGCAAGGCACCUAGGCACCUCCCAGCGGGUAAGCUACAACUGUUACCAGUUCCACAACGACCAUGGUCUCACCUUAGCAUUGAUUUUCUAACUGAUCUUCCCCUCUCCCAAGGUAACACCACCAUCCUGGUCGUUGUGGACCGCUUCUCCAAGUCCUGCCGCCUCCUUCCUCUGCCCGGUCUCCCCACGGCUCUGCAGACUGCGGAGGCCCUGUUUACUCACGUCUUCCGGCACUACGGGGUACCAGAGGAUAUAGUGUCUGACCAGGGUCCCCAGUUCACGUCCAAGGUCUGGAAGGCGUUCAUGGAACGUCUGGGGGUCUCGGUCAGCCUGACCUCUGGGUUCCACCCCGAGAGUAAUGGGCAGGUGGAACGGGUAAAUCAGGAUGUAGGUAGGUUCCUGCGGUCCUACUGCCAGGACCGGCUGGGGGAGUGGUCGGUGCCCAGAACUCUCUCCGCCACUCCUCCACUAACCUAACUCCUUUCCAAUGUGUUCUAGGUUAUCAACCGGUUCUGGCACCGUGGCACCAGAGACAGACCGAGGCUCCUGCGGUGGAUGACUGGUUUCAGUGCGCGGAGGAGACGUGGGAUGCUACCCACGUUCACCUCCAACGCGCCAUGGGUCUUCAGAAGGCCAACGCUGACCGCCACCGCAGUGAGGCCCCCGUCUUUGUACCGGGGGAUCGGGUCUGGCUCUCGACCCGGAAUCUGCCCCUCCGCCUGCCCUGCCGGAAGCUGAGCCCGCGGUUUGUUGGGCCGUUCAAAGUUCUGAGGAGAGUCAACGAGGUCACAAAGAGGUUAUUACUUCCCCCUGAUUACCGUAUUAAACCCUCGUUUCAUGUGUCUCUCCUCAGGCCGGUGGUAGCUGGUCCGCUCCAGGAGUCUGAAGUGCGGGAGGUCCCUCCACCUCCUCUGGACAUCGAGGGGGCCCCGGCAUACUCGGUCCGUUCCAUCCUGGAUUCGAGGUGUUGGGUGGGGGGCCUUCAGUACCUCGUGGAGUGGGAGGGGUACGGUCCGGAGGAACGGUGCGGGGUCCCGGUGAGGGAUAUCCGGCUCGCCCUGCUCCGCGUCCUCCUGGCUGUCCCCGAGGCCGGGGUCGGCGCGCUACUGGAGCCUUGCGUCAAUGGGGUACUGUCACGACUUCCGCCGAGGCUGCCUCCCCUCCUUGUUUGGGCAGGUUUCGGCGUUCGUCGUCACCGGCUUACUAGCUGCUGGUGAUCCAUUUAUCAUCACUCCACUUGUCUUGUCUAAUUAUUCACACACACCUUCCUUGUCUGUGUGGGUGAUUGUUUGUUGUGAGCUGUGUGUAGCUCGGUUGAGCUACCCUUACCUUGUUUGUUUACCAGUGUAGAUAUUUCCCCUGUGCCUGAGUUUUGUUGUCGCAUGCUUGGGCAACUGUUUAUCGACGGAAUAAACUUUUUGGAUGCAUAUUACUCUCCUGCGCCUGACUCCUUCUAUCACAUGCAUCAAAACAUUAGGUAAUGUCAACAGGGAUAUUAGGUUAUGUCAACAGGGAUAUUAGGUUAUGUCAACAGGGAUAUUAAGUUAUGUCAACAUGGAUAUUAGGUUACGUCAACAGGGAUAUUAAAUUAUGACAACAGGGAUAUUAGUUUAUUCAACAGGGACAGUAGGUUAUGUCAACUAGGAUAUUAAGUUAUGUUAACAGGAAUAUUAGGUUAUGGCAACAGGGAUAUUAGGUUAUGGCAACUAGUAUAUUAGGUUAUGUCAACAGGGAUGUUAGGUUAUGUCAACACGGAUAUUAGAUAAUGUCAACAGGGAUAUUAGAUUAUGACAACAGGGAUAUUAGAUUAUGUCAACAGGGACAUUAGGUUAUUUCAACAGGGAUAUUAGGUUAUGUCAACAGGCACAUUAGGUUAUGUCAACAGGGAUAUUAAGUUAUGUCAACAGGGAUAUUAGGUUAUGUCAAAAGGGAUAUUAGGUUAUUUCAACAGGGAUAUUAGGUUAUGUCAACAGAGAUAUUAGAUUAUGUCAACAGGGAUAUUAGGUUAUGUCAACAGGGAUUUUAGGUUAUGUCAAUAAGGAUAUUAGGUUAUGUCAACCGGGAUAUUAAGUUUUGUCAACAGGGAUGAUAUGUUAUGUCAACAGGGAUAUUAGAUUAUGUCAACAUGGAUAUUAGGUUAUGUCAACAGGGAUAUUAGGUUACGUCAACAGGGACAUUAGGUUAUGUCAACAGGGAUAUUAGGUUAUGUCAACAGGGAUAUUAGGUUAUGUCAACAGGGAUAUUAGGUUACGUCAACAGGGACAUUAGGUUAUGUCAACAGGGAUAUUAGGUUAUGUCAACAGGGAUAGUAGGCUAUGUCAACAAUAAUAUAAUAAUAUGCCAUUUAGCAGAUGCUUUUAUCCAAAGCAACCUACAGUCAUGUGUGCAUACAUUUUUAUGUAUGGGUGGUCACAGGAUCGAACCCACUACCCUGGCGUUACAAGCGCCAUGCUCUACCAAUUGAGCUACAGAGGACCACAGGGAUAUUAGAUUAUGUCAACAGGGAUAUUAGAUUAUGUCAACAUGGAUAUUAGGUUAUGUCAACAGGGAUAUUAGGUUAUGUCAACAGGGAUAUUAGGUUAUGUCAACAGAGAUAUUAGGUUAUGUAAACAGGGAUAUUAGGUUAUGUCAACAGUGAUAUUAGGUUAUGUCAACAGGGAUAUUAGAUUAUGUCAACAGGGGUAUUAGGUUAUGUCAACAGGCAUAUUAUAUUAUGUCAACAGGGAUAAUAGUUUAUGUCAACAGUGAUAUUAUGUUAUGUCAACAGGGAUACUAGGUUAUUUCAACAGGGAUAUUAGAUUAUUUCAACAGGGAUAUUAGGCUUUGUCUACAGGGAUAUUAGGUUUUGUCAACAGGCCUAUUAUAUUAUGUCAGCAGGGAUGUUAGGUUAUGGCAACAGGGAUAUUAGGUUAUGUCAUCAGGGGUAUUAGGUUAUUUCAACAGGGAUAUUAGGUUAUUGCAACAGGGAUAUUAUAUAAGGUCAACAGGACCCAUGCCAUGCGUAGGCCUCAUAUGUUUUAAAAUGUUCUUGUCACCUCGACUCUAAUGUAAAGUGUGCAGUCCUUUAUUAAAUGGCCGUUCUGUCUGGUCUGGCGUAUGCUUGUGUUGGAAAAGCAUGUGCUAUGUGUACAACAUUGUACAAAAAAGUAUGUAUUAUGGUGUUAUAUAUUUUCUUCAAUAAGUGCAUUUGAGUUCAUUCCUAAUUUAAUAAAACAUAAAUGAACCUCUAUUCUCAGCAGCCAUGAGCUCAUCUAGUAGGUUAACAUUGGUGAUCUGUAUGUGUUUUUCCAGUGGGGCCGGCGCUGCGAGCCGAGCUACAGGUCGGUGGUGCCAGUGAGACUGGUGCACCAGGGCUGCUACAGCAAACGAGUCUACCGGCCCCGGUACUGCGGCCAAUGCACCGAUGCCCGCUGCUGCACCCCCUACCGGACCAGCACGGCCACAGUGGCAUUCCGGUGCCCCACAGGCAGGGUCCUAUACCGGGCAGUCAUGAUGAUCCAGUCCUGUGUCUGUCACUACAACUGCCCCUACUCAGCUUCAGGCCCCUAUGCAGAUGUACCCUACUCAGGCCCUUCACGCUCAUACAGGAUCCCUGCCAUGUGGGGCUAGACUUGACUUUUGAUUCAAUCCUCUAGACCCCCUUGAGAACCAAGUGUGUCCACCGUGGCUCUCCACCUCAAUCUUUUCCGCAUAGGGCUUUUCCCCAGGAGAUCUCCACUUUACUACUUAAUGUAAGUUAUGUUAGAGAUCUAGAGCCCUAUCCCACCCCCCUCCAUGCACUGACACUUCCAUACUGAGACCUGUAUACACAGGACUGUCCCAUUGUCCAUACUAGUACACUACUUGCCAAAUACAUUUCUGAAUACAUGCCAAUUACAUUGCUUCUAAGUGGUAUACAUGUGUGGAUAUUGGAACAGAGCCUCUCUCUAUCACGGCUGGAUCCAGCAGGUGUAGCCUAUACUUCAUAGGAUAGAUAGGGGAAGUGAAAUGGUCUUCUAGGUAAUUAACUGGGACUGAGUUGGGGGGAUAAAGCCCUGACAUGACUUGACAAGCUCAGUCUGCACUAAGACCUCUACUCUAUUCCAUUUGAUCACCUCUCAUAGGGUGACCUCAUGAGGAAUAGAAUAGGUCAAUAAACCCUAGUUAGCUAGGCUGAUCCCAGGUCUGUUUGUGUUUUCCUCUACUACAUGGUCAUUGUCAAGCCAAAAAUUUGGCAUGAUGUUUCCACAAGGA